CGCCGACCCUUCCAGCUCCAUCAACUCUGUCCCUCAGAACCACGGCGAGUUUACACGGUCAACCCGUGCUGGCAAAACCUCCUACUUCAGCUGUGACUGGAAAUAAAUUGGAUGCAAGGAUGAGUGGUCCCGGCGACGACCGCAGUAGCUGGCGCGGAGGUCGUCCGUACGAGCAGAACCGCCACGCCGCAUCAUCGCAGCGACAUUCCUCCUCCCGAACAAUGAGCGCCCAUGGCAGCUCUCGAGGGGGGCAGCAGCAGAACACAUGGAGCGAUCCCUCUCGCGAACAACCCUCCUCUGGACCUCGGCAGGAACAGCACGUCCCCGUGCGAGGCUUCAAUGCCUCUGAGUCGAAGGCGGCUCUUAAGAGAGGGCCCGGAGAAUCACGGCCCUUCUAUUACAAACCGCAAGGCAAGGACACCAACAACCGGGCCAGCGGGCCCUGGGGUGCUAAACCCAACCAGAUGGCCAACGGCAAGGACUUCUUCCUCGAACUGCGCAAACAGGUGACGGCCCUGCGGCAGGGUAGCCCUGUUGCCGGUGGAUGAUGGAACUUUCACUGCUGGGAAACCUGCACUCGGGACACAAGCACCAUUGUAUAAACCCCAGGGGUGCUUAGUCCGCGGGCAUGGCAGUCACAAGAAUAGCACGGGCUCAAAAUGGCUUGUCACAGCUUAUAUGAAGGGAAGCCCUACUUCUCCAGCCGUGACUUGAACUUGACGCCACUUUUAAACCCCGGUUUGGAUAGUAGACUGGGUUGACAGCUAUUGACGCCGAUUGUUAGAGGCCGUGCUGGCCCGUAGAAGCGGAGAGCAUUAAUUAUUCUACAAGCGAUGCAGUGUUCAGCUAGACCGUUC